UGGCUUUAUAGUACAAUCGCGUCGCUCCAAGCCGGCGCACGCGCAUAUCGCUGAUACCGCGAAUCAGUAUAAAAGAGCACGUGCCCUUGAUGCAGGCCAAUUCUACUUCGAACCUGAAAGAAGUACGACCUAAUAUUUAAAAAUGGAUUCCCUGCCAAGGCACUCUCAUGAUGAAAAUGACACAGAAGGAGUGGUCAUCGCUAAGGGGGUUUCUAUGGCGGUUUUAUUUUGUGCCUCCAUGAUCUGUGGUAUUGUACCAUUGUUUUUGGCGACGCGGUUCAGAUGGAUUUCACCUGAUGAUGCGGGGAACUUGAAGUCCAAAAAUAAAGUGGUGAUGACUUUACUCUCCUUUGGUGGGGGUGUGUUGUUGUCCACCACCUUCCUGCACUUACUUCCCGAAGUCGAUCACAAUAUUGAAGAUUUGCAAUCAUCGGGCAAGAUGCAAGAGUUUGAAUUCUCACUGGCUGCCUUGCUGAUGUGUUGCGGUUUCUUCAUCAUGUACUUAGUCGAAGAAUUGGUUCACAUAUACAUCCAUAGACGGGAGAAGAGGAACGGACAAUCUUCCCCUUUAGUGAGGAAUCUGAGCGUACGAAGGAGUCGAGCGAACAGCGAGGGAAAGGAGGGUGAAAAGAGUGCGACUAACUCAACAGCCGAUCUAAUAGACCCGGCUUCCAUAACGAAAGGCAAGGAUGUAGAGGUGAACCACAAUCAGCAUUCCCAUUCGCAUGGUCACAGCCACUUGCCAAUAAACGUAGCCGACGAUGUGACCUCAGCAUUACGUGGUCUGCUAAUUGUACUCGCUCUUUCUAUCCACGAACUUUUUGAAGGUCUAGCUGUUGGUCUGGAAUCCAGCACUUCACAUGUUUGGUACAUGUUAGGUGCUGUAUCAGCUCACAAGUUAGUCAUUGCGUUUUGUAUUGGUGUAGAACUGAUUGCUACCCGUACGAAGACAUGGCUCGCUGUAGUGUACAUAACAACAUUCGCCAUCGUAUCACCCAUGGGUAUUGGUAUCGGCCUGAUCCUGGUCGGCGGUGAAGGUGCUACCGCGGCCGGAGUGUAUUCGGUGGUUCUUCAGGGCCUGGCGUCUGGUACUUUGCUGUACGUCAUAUUCUUCGAAAUCUGGAAGAGUGAUAGGACGGGUAUCUUGCAGUACAUAGCGGCGUUGAUUGGUUUCGGCCUCAUGUUCGGAUUACAACUGCUUACUGGCCAUUCACACAGUCACUCCCACGGCGGCGGAGGUGGUGACAACUCCGACCACGGACACAGUCACGAUCAUUAAGAUCAUACUUAAAAUAUAAAAUGAACUAUUUAAUUGCAAUUCAGUUGCCUUUUUUAUAUUUAUUGAAUAACGUAAAUCAUAAUACGUUUUAUCUAACUGGAAUUUCAAAGACAAAAUCAUCAACAUAAGCCACCUAUAUAAAAAAAAUAUGUAUCACACUUUUUUUUUAAACUGUCAAAUAAUUUAUGUCGAUAACAGACGUCAUUGUAUAGACCGAAAACGCAAAAAUAGUAUGUAUUUUAAAAACAACGUACUUAAGAUUUAAAUUAUAAAUAUUUUUAAUUUAAAAGAUUGUAAGUCAUAAAGUAUUGAUGUACUAGCGAUAAUGAUUAAUUGACCCGCCAUUAUACAUAUAAAACAGCAACUAAAUGUUGUUCCUUAUAUAAUUUGUAAUAUACAUACAAUAUUUUUGACGACAGUAAAUCUGUAAUAAGACUUAAAAGCAUAUCAAACAAACAAAUUUUUGUCUAGUCAGCAUUCUUAGCAACAGAUUGAUUUCGCAAUACAUUAUAGAGAAUGUUGCAUGUAACGUGAAGGUAAAGCGGGUUGGUGAAAAUUGUGCGAUUAUUUACCUAACUCGGCUUUAAUUGUCUAGACGUAUAUAAAGUGUUUUUAAUAUCAUUUUAUGUAGGGAUUUCUAUAUAGCUCGAGUAGGCCCGGGCGGUCUCUAUAUUAACCUUCACGUCAACAUAAAGUGAAAAAAUGACCCCUAUGGAGAUUCAAAUUGUUAAAAGUUUAAAGUAGUAGGGGGGCUGCAAUCUUCGGAAGGUAUUAAAUCCGCCCCGAUAGUAUCAUAUUAUUGUAAUAAGCAAUCAACUUAGUUGACAAUUUUAUGGCUGUACUUAAAACUUAAGGUCGAUAUUGUACAGACUGUAUUGUCACAAAUUAUAUUAUAUAGGCUAUUAAAAUACUUUUAGUAUUAUUUAUUUAUAGAAGAAAAGUUAAUAAAUAGGCUAUAUGUUGGUAGCUUCAGCCCAAAGACAAUGGUCAAUACCAAAACGAAUUAGCCAUUUCUAUCAUUGGCAAUGCGGAAAUUUUAUUUUAAUUAUACCUGUAAUCAUCAUACGUUUUAGUCACUUUUUAUACCGGAAUUUAGCAUAUGCUGUUCACGGCAGCGUAUUGAAUGGUACCAAGCCAGACGUGCCUGUAUUAUCGUUAGGCCUACGACUAGAAAACACUGAGAACGUCAAAAUAAUAUUUAAAAAGGCAAAUAAAUAACGAUUAAGAAGAGCAGUAACUCAGUAUUAGUAGUUCGUAAUUUAAUUUGAAAAAAAUGUGUAAAUUUUUGAUCAGUUUCAUUGAACAAAACGUAUGUCUGUGAUAUAAGGGCUACGGUGGCGUGGUUUAUUUAAUAGAACUUACAGAUAAAAAGCAGCUCGUGAAAAACCUGUUUAAUUUAACUGUUUUCAAAGAGUACGUAAAAUGUAAAUAUAUUUUGUAAUUAGUGUAAAUAUAUCACUUUUAUUAUUU